GUGACUGCGGAGAUCACGUUGUCAUAAUAAAUACAAGACAUAUUGCCUUCUCUGGUAACAAAUGGGAACAGAAAGUAUAUUCUUCACAUACUGGCUAUCCUGGUGGUUUCACACAAGUUACAGCAACUCAGCUGCAUUUGAAGGAUCCAACUGCUAUUGUUAAACUGACUAUUUAUAGAAUGCUUCCAAAAAACCUUCAGAGAAGAACUAUGAUGCAGAGGCUGCACCUUUUCCCGGAAGAUGAUAUUCCAGAAGAUAUACAGAAGAAUCUUCUACAAGAGAUUCCUCAGCCACGUGCAGUCCCCAAGAGAUUAGACGAAUAUACACCAGAAGAAAUUGCUGCCUUUCCGAAGGUUUGGACUCCGUAA